GUGGCACUUUCAUAAAUGCCAAGUGGGGCCCAUACCGAACCCUUUAAAAACUUCUUUAGAUCCCUAAGCGCCAAAACACCUCUCUCUCUCUCUCUCUCUCUCUCUGCGCUUGAUCACUUAGUCACCGGAACCGGUUAUGUAAUGAGAAGUGAAAGGCAAAAACAAGGAGAUAAAUCGCCAAUGUCUGCUUCCUUUCCCCAAAGCAAGAAACAAAUUGGACCCUUUGAAUUACAGGAUGAAGUUGAUGAUCUUGCUGAUAUUUUUGAUAAUAUGGCACGACAAACAACUUCUUUUCCAACUAGGAAUGUGCACGGAAUGCCUCAAUCUUAUGCACAGGAAAUGGCAUUUCCUGUCAUCAAGGGUGAUAUCUCUCAAUGUAAUGUCUCUCACAAUCCUGAGACUGGCCUUGGUUACUUAUAUGAGCCUGUUUCAGGUUUUCCAGAUUUGGUAGGGAAUGUGAAUAAAUUUUGUGAAUACCAUGCUCUUGGGGAUCCUAUAGAUGCCUCUAAUAUCCAUGCCUCUGAUCUUGAUAUUUUUCAAGUUGAGAGAAAUAAAUUAACCCCUGGGAUUGAUGUGGGUGGUGGCUUACAAAUGUCAAUAGCUAGUAGAGAAGCAAAUGAUAGUGGUACUUACCGGCCUUGGCAAACUGAAAGUAAAAUCACCCAUGCAGAUACUACGCCUGUAUCAGGCCAUAACCCAUCCAGUGGAGAAUUCGGAAUGAACAUCUCACAGAUGUGCAGAUCUGGUGGAGAAGCAAAUGGUAAUAAUAUUCACAUUCCUAGGGUAUUUGGAAAACAAUUAAUCCAUGCAGGUAGUACACCUGUAUUAGGCUACAACCCACGAAUUAAUGGAGAAUUGAGAAUGAAUAACAGUCUUAUGGCAGGUGUAGCUCGAUCAAGUCAUCCUGAAAUGUUUGAUGGGAAUUUCCUUAAUCUUGGAUAUGGGUCUAAUCUGGGGACCAAAGCAAAAUAUAAAGUCUCUAGCAAAGACAACAAUCAGAGCACUAAAGGGAUUGCUUUGCCUAUGUUAAACACUUAUUCUGGUCAAAAUGUUGCUAGAAGUUAUUUGAAUUCUAGUGCUGAUGUGGCUGGUUUUUCUAGUUUCCAGAAGUACAAUAGUGGAUGUACCAUGCUAGCGCUGAAUGAGAGUUACUCUAAAAGUAUAGGUCACGCACAGCAUGCCCAUUUAGUUUCUGGCUCCGGGCAGGAUGCUGAUGGGCUUUCUCAUCAAGUAUGGCAUGUUGAUGAAUUUUCUAGUCUGGUGCAGAAUGUGCCUGGAUUUUCUCAUCAAGCUCAGUAUAUAGAUAGAUCUUAUGGUCUAAUUCAGAAUGUAGGUCGCCUUUCUAAACCAUCUAGGGAUGGGAGUGUUGGAAACCUGUUGCCACUAGUGGAUAGGCAACUUUAUAAUCACAUUCCAAGCAGCUGGAACGUAGGACUUGGAAAAAGGAAAGAGAGAUUUGCAAAUAUAAGUCCUCACACAAGCUUUGAAGGUCUUCCAACUGAGUUAUCAAUACCAAAUUAUAGCAAUCAAGUUUCCUUACCUGAUGCUGCAUGGUUUGGCGUGAAUGAGUUAUCACCACCAUUGUCUUUGCGUAGGAGUGCUAUUCAACCUUCUUCUGAUACACUACAGAGUUCUCGUGUAGGAGCUGUGAGGAAUUUGUCACCAGAGCCUUCUAUGGUUUUGCCCUUUACUGGAGUCACAAGAAGCAUUGGCUGGCAGGAUCAGUCAGGUAAUCUCGGUCAAUCUCAAGCCUCUGUGCCCAUCAAGCUUUUUGGAAGUUUGGCAGCACUUGCUCACUCUAAUGGUGAAGAAAUUCCAGCAGUAAAUAGGCCUACUCAAUCUUCCAGUGUUCCUUCUGGACCAUCUCUUGAUAGAGAUGCGCCCAUGUGCCCUUCUGAAGCUCCCAAACCUCGGUGCAAAAAGGCCAGAUCAAUUAAACCUGCCAGUCAUCUGUCAGCUCCAACACUGGUCCGAACUGGUCCACCACAUGCACCUGUAGCUUCAGUUGGUUCCUUAAGCCCACCCAUAGCCCAGAGCGUUCCCAGUCGCCCUCCGCUAGCUUGCACUUCUUCACGUCUUCCAUCCUUUCCCGGAGCUUCUUCACCUCACUAUAUAAAGUGGCAGGGAGGGAAAGGAGAAUAUACAACCCCUCGGCCAAGUGGAAAUCAAUGUCAUAUAUGUAAGAGGGACCUCUCAUUCAAUCCGGAAGGUCCCAUAUACCAGCCAGAGAAACCAAUAACUGCUGCUGUCUUGCCAUGCGGCCACCACUUCCAUGAUUCUUGCUUGCAGCGCAUCACUCCUCAAAACCAAGCUCAAGAUCCUCCUUGUAUUCCAUGCGCCAUGGCCGACAACAACUAGCUCUUUUUCAUCAUGCUUAUUCAUGCCCUCAACUUUUUAUUUAUUAAUUUUUACUUUGACAUCAUUAUUCAGGAUUUAUAGGAAAAUGAAAGUUCUAUAGAAGAGUGAAUGGUUAAGUUAAAUAGCUAAAAUUAACUGUACAUAGCAAGUGAAAGUGAUUAAUAUGAUCUUUAGUUUACUUAAUUGCUAUGCCACUUUAAGUUGUAUAUAGUGGUUGACGCAAUUUCAUUUAAUAUAUAUUUCCAAGUAAAAUAUUGACCCUUCAACCACCAAGAGUUUGGUGCAUCAGAGGUUUGCUUAUCUAUUCAAGUAUUGAAUUCUUUUACUGUCUUAUCUUUGAUGGCUCUGAAAAAUCUGCAGAAAGAUAAAAGGGAUUGGGAAGGGGACAGCAGCACAUGAUUCUGGAGCAACUCCUGCAUACAUUGCUUGUUGGAGCUUUGGAGUACUGUGAGGACCUACGAAUUAUCAUACGCAAAACUCAAAGGGAAUAGAACUUAUGAGGCUUGAGGAUGAAGUGGGUCUGGAAAGUGGACACCGUCAAUGCCGUACAGUGAGCAGAGCACCACUCCCCAAAAGUGUAUGUACGGUGAGUUCACCUUACAAAGUGAGAUGUCUGAAUUCUAACUGUUUAGUACCGAUUAUAUAUAAAUGAGUGAAUAUUUUUUUUUAUUUUAAA